AUGGCAAAAGACUUGUAUUCGGAGAUUUUGCAAUGCAACCAAGGCUCUGGUGUCGAGUACCAAAGACUUAUAUAUUUACAUGCUGGUCUUGUGGAUGCUGGUGAAUCUAAUGUAUUGAAUGAAGCUUUUGAGAAUGGUUUUGAAAUCCCCAUGCUAUUGGAACAACAGGUCGGCGAAAUACUCCUGGAAAACCAGAUCCCUCUUCAACCCAAGCGCUCCACGAAGGGUGGCACUUGGAAGCCCAUAUCCUUCAACAACCUCAGCGCGCUGAAGACCUGGGAUCGAGUCCGCCGGUACAGGCGCUACACUGAAGCGGACAUCAUAGCAAUCACUGUCAUGACAGCCCAGCAUGGCGGCAAGCUGCCGCCAAAGAUAGCCAAAGAGCCCGAAGCCAUUCGCUACCGCGCCGGCAUUGCCCGUGCUCUGGAUCUUCCGCCUAUGACGGCCGAGGAAGAUACGGUGCUGCCAUUCAUCGAAUGUGCUGCUACAGACCCAGUGCGUGGACGCACCGGAGCAUCAGACGCAACCCGCAACGCCGGCGUAGGCUCAGACCUCGAGACCCGCGUGGAACACGGCACGUUUGAGCUUGACGACGAGUACGACGAUGAGGUUGAGCGAGGCAGCUCCACCGACGACGACCCCAUACCGUUGGGCCCGCGCCACACCCGACCUCGUCUGUCCGACACAACCCGAGAUCGAGUUAAGAACCUGGCCAAGAAGAGAGCCCAACAGCAGGCCCUUCGCCGGGCCCGAAUUCAGGCUCGUACGGCGAAUCAGCCCGUCGCAGCCACAAGCCAUACAACUACGACUCAGGCCGGCCUGCCAGUGGCCAAUCCCCAACGCCAAUAUAACCAGUCAUCAUCUUCGACCCUGGCCGUUCCCGAAGACAACUCUCGCAAUAGCGGAAAUCGCGAACGCGAGGCCGUGAUUAACAAGCUGGACGACGAGGUUCGCCAGCUCCGUGCCAUUAUUCGCGAGAUCGAAAAAGAGAAAGGCCGACUUGCGAACGAGAACCAGCAGUUGGCAAGACGUCUGGCUUCCUGGAUCGGGGUUGUUGGUGAUAUGCAAAAGCAUCUUGAUGAUUGCCAGGACAACCUCGACCUGGCCAAGGAAAGGGAGAACGCCGAGUUUGGCCACCCUUCGGCCUGA